AUGAUCUUUCACAAUCAGUAUUUGAACUUUCAUACAUUUAUUGUAGUAAUUAUUCUUUUAUCAUCAUCAACUGCUACAUUCUGUAAUAAAUCAAUAUCAAUUGAUGAUAAAGAUACACCCUGCUUUCUUGAAAUAUCAACACAUGAUCCUAUUCGUUUACAUUCAUCUAGCAAUAGUUUAAUUUUACCUUGUCAUGUUGCUCAUUUAAAACGUUCAAUUAUUGAAUGGUGGUAUCAAGACUUUAAAAAAUCAAUAGAUAUUAAAAUUUUUCCGGUAUAUACUUACGUACGUCCAACAGCUCUUCGUUUUAUAACAAGUGCUGUACCAUAUUCACUAAAUUUCACUGAAACAGAUAUUACUGAUGCAUCAAUUUUAUUACGAUCCGUAAAUAUUGAUGAUAGUGGAAUUUAUCGAUGUAUUAUUCGUCCACGAGCAUCAAAUCAUAAGAAUAAUAAUGAAAAUAAUCAUUUGAAAGAACAUACAAAUUUAUCAGCACUUAGUUACUAUAUUGAAUUAACUGCUCCUCGACUUUGUCAAAUAAGUUUAAAUCAAUUGCCAUGUUUUACAAAUAUGUAUACAAGUUCACCAACAGUCAUUGAAGCUUAUCAAACAGCAUUUCUUCAAUGUGCUAUACACACUUAUCAUCGUUCAGUUAGUGCAUUUUGGGUUGUUGGUAAUGCAUCAAUAGACAAUAUUCUUGUUACUGAUUAUCUUUUAAAAAACCAAUAUAAGGGUGAUCAACUACGUCGGGUAUUUCCUCUUUCACUUUAUGAUUAUUCUAUUGAACUAACUAUCAAUCGUGAUAUACAUGAACGUGUAUAUUCGUGUGUUAUUGAUGGAGCUACCGAUGCUGAAACAACACUUUUUACCUAUAUUGUGCGUACUCUUGAUCUUCAAGGCAUCUCGGAGAAGACAAUAGAAGUUCCUGAAAAUGAAAAAAUAAUAACAAAAGAAUCAGAAACAAAAACAACAUCAAUAAAUCCUGAUAAAAUUAUUGCACAUGAUGAUUUAACUAGUCAACAAAUUGCGGAUUUACGUCAAAUGAUCUCACAUGAAAAUAGUAAAUAA